AUGGCGGACAUUAAACUGAAAAGUGCCUAUGAAAUCUACAAGCACAGAAAUAAAUGCCUUCUUCAUAACUGGGAAGAAGAGCGGAGAGUUGUGGAAUUGAAGGAAAACCAUAUUUUGCCAGAUGAUCCUAGUGAAUUGCAAUAUGGUCAUCCAGGAAUUCUGACUCUGAAUGAAAAUGCAGAAAUGUCAAAAAUUACAGAUUUCCAAGAUUCCUUUCGGUACCCAAAGGUGAAUUAUGUCCAACAAGUAGGUUCUAGAAGGAAACUUUUUGAAAGAGAUUUAUCAGAAAAGAUACAAUCCCAGAUGCUUGCCAAAAUGGCUGGACGACAAGAAAAGCCUGAUUACAAGACAGCAACAAUGGAGGCGUUUAACAUCGAAGGUUUUGAAUCUAAAAAUCCGAAACCCACGCAAACACAUGAUUAUCGCACAGAACAGCCAGUGAGUUAUUGGUUACAAAACUACCAGAAAAUUCACGGUGUGACCAUGGUGAAAACCCGAGAUACAGUCUUCCGUAGGGACUGUGCUUUCAGUAAACCUGUCGAGGAAUCAUGGGAAGAAGCAGAACCCUACAUAAAAGAGCAUUAUCCAUGA